AAGGCAAUGGAUUGCAGUACUCGGCUCCAGCGGCAGCGAUCCUGCGCAUGCCCACCUCUCGACAUCGUCUUACGGUGCGGCAGCCUCCGGAGCACCGCCGCUGGGUUCACCCGUAUUUCGGGCGAUGAAUGGGACGACGAUUCUGCCGCGCCAACCCGCCGGUCGUCCUGGUCCACUGCCGGCACGAGGCUGCGCGGUCUGUGGCGGAGGAUCACGAGGGAGAAGAGGAAGGUCUUCAACCCGGCGCCGGCCGCUUAUGAUCCGUUCACCUACGCUCAGAACUUUGACGAAGGGUGGGCGGCAGAGGAGGAGCCGGAGAACUUGUCCCGGUCCUUCUCGGCGAGGUUCGCCAGCCCCUCCGGGGUCCUGCAGAGAACAAGAUGGUAAGAAUCUUGUGGGGUUUGUUUGCAUUCAUAUGCUAAGAAGUCCAACAUCAAUGAUUCAUGCCA